GAAAAUUGAAACAAAUCACAAAUUAUCCAUAAAUAACAUGAUUAAUUGAAAGAUUCUUCCUUUCAAUUAAGUUUCUUCACUCUCCACUCGAUAACAUCAACUUCAUUCUACACAAUUAGAAAGAAAAAUUAGAAAUAUCUCCACAAACAUAAAUAAGAUUAGUUGUUUAGAUUAUUAAAUAUACCGAGAAAAUUAAUUAUAUGAGUAUGGGCGGGUACCCAUGGGUCGGGUUUAUCUAAACCCAAACCCACCCCGAUGAAUAGUGAACGGGUUUAAACCCAAACUCGGCCCAAAACCUGUCAACGGAUUUUACCCGCAUUGACUGGAUUGGGUCGGGUGGGUGCCCGUGGGUUCGGGUUUUGUUGCCAUCCCUACCCAUACCAGGGUGGUAUUGUAUGGUAUUUUUUGGUCCUGUAAUUUGUUCACCCAGAAAUUUGUAGAUCCAAUAGAUCAUGAUGAACUCGUUCUUUAUGUGCAAACGUUUUCAAAAACGAAUUAAAAAUGAAGAAAAUACCAUAUGGUAUGCAGUUGGUACCGAGAGGCAAAAAAAAAUCUAAAAAAAUAUUGAAAAUGGAUCUCAUUUUGUAGAGCACAACGAACUCGUUCCAUCUGUGCAAAAAAAAUUAAAAUCCGAGUUAAAACGAAGAAGAUAUGAGUCGAUUAAAAAAUCUAGGAAAAAUAAAAAUGACCUUUAAUUCUCCGUCCUUAGAUCUGGAUUAUCUAAAGAAGGGUCCAGAUUUAGUUAUUGAUGGGUGCAUAACCCAUGGUUAUGCACCCUAUCUUGAGCCGAUCCAGCCAACGUCUCAAUAAGUAUUAGUAGCCCACUCUCCCAUCUCACACAACGAGACCCAAGUCAACUCAAAUUUUGAGAAUCUCGCCCUCUACUUCAUUCACAACCACAUUUCACUGGAGAAUAGAUCAGACGAUCGUGUCUCUAUAUGACUAUGUUAAUGUUUAUGACGUUAUGGUACAAGUUAUGACAUUUUGACUUUGUACCUUUGUUAUUUACCAAGAAAUAUGGUGUAAAAAAUAUUUGUGCGCGUUUGAAUUCAUGUUUUAAUGCAAAAAAUAUUUUUUUCUCCGUUAUUUGUUCAAAUUUUAGUGUGGUUCACUAAACAAAUUGUUCAUUUUUUGUUCAACGUGGUCGUACCGGACAAGACUACACAAGCGUGAUCUGAUCUAUAUCGUAUAGUACGUGGUAUGAUCUCUGAUCUAUACUUGAUCCUCUCGUAUAAACCAAGAUCGUGUAUAUAUGAUCAGCUCUACACCAAACCAUACCAUUUUCCAGCACUAGCCACUCUCUCAUAUAAGAUUCAAACUCUAAACGAGUAGAUUCGAGAAAUGAAACAACGAAGAGCUUUGUUGAAUUGAAUUUAGUAUAAAAUAAGAAACAAGAUUCUAAAUAACAUAGAAUCAUCCGUACCGUCAUAUAUAAUGUCAGAUCAUCUUUCCACGAAGAAAACAAAUGAUGAUUCUACGUACCAAAACAAAAUGAUUGGCAGAAUUACGUCAAACAGAAAACAAAAUUAACCUUUUUCUCCCCCUCUAAUCGAUUUCACCAUAUGUGCCAUUUGCUGGACUUACUUCCUUCAAAACCUUCUCUAUAUAUAAAUUCACAUCAAAGAGUACUAAACACACCCAAACAGAAAACCAGACAGCAAAGUCUAAGAAGAAAAAAGAAAAAAAAAAAUAGAGCCUGAACACGUACUCUCCCAUACUUCAAUCCUUCUUUUCCAAAUCAGUCCACCGCUUGCCAACGUGGCCGUCGCAGCACCACAUUUGACCUCCAUAUGUCUCCUCUCACAUGCAACGAACUGCACGACAUGUUCCACGGUCUGGACCACGACCGUGACGGCCAGGUCAGCCUGGAGGCGCUUCGAUGCCAGCUGUUCGAGAGUGGCGCAGUGUCCAUCACGAAAGACGAGCUGGCUUCCCUGAUCGGGAAGUCCAGCCUCAACGUGGACGAGUUCAUUCUGCUCUACAACUCCAUCGAGAUCCAAAACGACGACGUCGUCGUGGACGAUGGUGGAAACGGCCUGAACAACAACACUCUUGAAGGAGGAGGAGGAGAAGAAGAUUGUGUGAAGAGGGCGUUCAAGGUGUUUGAUGUGGAUGGAGAUGGGUUUAUUUCGUGUGACGAGCUGGAGGACGUGCUGAAGAGGCUGGGGCUGUGGGAUGAGAAGAGCGGCAGGGAUCCGGCGGCCAUGAUUUGUAAGUUCGAUAAGAACUUCGACGGGUUGCUUGAUUUCGAUGAGUUCAGGACCAUGGUGAUGUAAUCUUCUAAUUAAUUUCUGGCCAUGAUUGUCAAAGUUAAUUUCUUUCCUAAUAAAAUUGCAAUUCUAGAUCAGAUUGUAUCAAUCGUGGAUGAAUUUAUAGUAUUUUAUAUUUAUAGGUUCUAUUCUAGUUAGUCUUUCUACUAUACUUUACAAAAUUGGUGGUUCAAACUACAAGUUGAAUUUGUAACGGAACGUUAAGAAUACAAGUUCAGUUUGUACUUUAAGAGAGAAUUGUGCAUUUAUCUUAUGAUACAAGUCCAGUUUGUACCAUAAGAUAAAAGGUAUAUGGAUACAAAUUUGUACUUUAUGUAAAGAAGUUUUAAAAGUACAAUUCCGGUAGCAUUGUUUUAAAUCACCGUAAAAUUCUUCUAUAUUUAAUUGGAAGAUGGAUGGAAUUCUAGAUUGUACAAUGUUGUUGUCUUUUAUGGAGUAUAAUGUCUAUAUAUUCAUCAAGGAAAAGAACAUUAAAUGACUUGUGUCUGU